UUGGAUGCGAAGCUGCUGCCCAACUACCUGAACUGGUGGAAUAGUCUGCGACCACGGAGACGGGACAACAAUACCAAUCGCCCAUCAUCUUCCACCUCCCAUACCCUCUCCACGAAUGUCUUUGUCGUAUCCGGACCACUGUAUCUCGUCUUCCGGAUUUCCAGUCUCUUAUGCAUUUGUUCCCUACUAGCCGGACCGGCGGCUUAUUCCGUGGCGAACAGACAUUGUACCGUUCGAACAGAUCACAAGUCCACUGUGCUAGAUCGACUGAUUAUUCUUUCGGAACCAAAAGCCUUACGGACACACCUCUUUCCACAUUGCGCAGAUCUGUUACGAUGGGCCACCUCGUUGGAUAUGCCUGUUCUGGGACAGUUGUGCUUCUGCCUACUCUGCAUCGUUCUCCAGUCGGUUUUCAUCCACAGGCAUUGGGCAUCUCAGAACAGCUCGAGGACCAGGGGAGUUUGUGCGUCUGUUCUGCUUCUGGACGUAAUACUACUUUUGAUUGUGAGCAAUACAACCGUCUCAAUUAUUCUCCAAACCACUCUCAAUACUGAGACCACAGCUGAUCACAAUCUAUCCAUGCGUUUCUGCGGGUAUGCAGUCGUAGCCUUCAUGGCGAUACCGUUACUCUUCGGUGUCUGUUCUAGCCUGGUCACUUGGAUCAGAUUUUGUUCCAGUGACUGGAAGGCUCAGAAGCAGGUUCUAAUAGAAUCGUGGCCGAGUGGCAGCUCUUACGACAGUUGUACGAAUAGAUCUCAACUAGCCAACAGCCACUGCAAUUUUUCCACUCGAUCCGCUCAUCCUGCUUACCAUUGUGUUCGCAAUUCUGACCCGCUGGAAGAGUUUGGUACGAGACUUCGAGUGUCAACCGACAAACCACUUUUUCGACCGUCCGUCUUCAGCUGUCCUCCAGCCUGGUCUCCUCGGUCGACGGCGUCCUUUUGCACUACACUGACCCCUUCCACAAAAAUCGAAUCAUUUUAUUCUUGUCCAGCUUUGUCUGCUUCAAAUACACUCCCCCUGCUUCGAUCAGACGGUUCGGAUGCCAGCGAUGCCAGUGAGAUCACAAGCGUCAGUCGGUUGAAAAGAAAGCGUCCGUCAACUGUUUGCGGAACCUUUGUCACUCGACGACGCAAAUCACGGAGGAGCUACCGAAAACGAAGUGGUCUCCUGCGUUUUUGUUUGUCUCUUUUGUUCGGCCGGAUUGAAACUUGGGAUGAUCUGUUUGCAGAACUGGUUUGUUUGGCCAACGCGCUUCUUGUUGGCAUUGUUAUUUAUGGUAUGGGUCGCUUGUUUGUACAGCUGACAGAAGUAUUCUAG